GGUUUGGUGGAGCCGUCUUUGUGCGAUCGUCGGCCUCGGUACGAUGUGGAUGGGGCCGAAUCCUUUGUCUGUGAUUGCCCUGAGCUUGUGGACCCACAGCGCGUGGACGAUGAUGGGUCAUCACGUCUGCCACGGCGGCUACAACCGGACGGAUGAUACGGGCCGAUAUAGCAGCCGUGGAUUUGCCCUCGGCACACUGUGGCGCCGUGUUCAAGAUUGGUUCGAUUGGAUGCUACCCGAAGCUUGGAGCAUCGAGCACAACAACCUUCACCAUUUUCGCCUUAGCGAGGAUGACGACCCGGACCUCGUCGAGAGGAACACAGAAGGCUGGAGCAAGAAGGAUCGCAAAAUUCUGCCUUUUGUGUCCAUGCUCACCUGGAAGUGGUCCUAUUACGCUCCCAACACCUACAAAGAGCU